AUGGUAGACCUAUGGAUAUUCUUCGACCGAGAACCCGCACCACUCGUGGUAGAUGAGCUUAGCAUACAAGCAUAUGGGGACGCUUGUAAAGAGGCGUGUGCAAACAUCCCUGAGAACGGGUGUGCAGGAUUUGGAAUCCGGUUUUUGCCCGAUACAGACUCAGAUAACACACUCUGUGUCAAUCUGCUUAGCUCAGAGGUUUAUUACUCUCUCCAAGAGUUGUACAUCGAGGGAAAUGGCCUUCUGCCAUUGACCAAUGCGUUGCAGCUAUACAUCCGCAACCCGGCUGAUUUCUGUUCGGAAGGCGAACAAUACUGUUUUAGUUUGUGUGGAUAUGGUGAGGGUGCGGUGAGUUUGGGCUGUGUCGGUAUCAAGUACAAAGAGAGCUGUCAUAAUGAAGAGUGCACUUUCUAUUCGUUUACCGUCAACGACGGAAAUGAGUGCGAGGAUGGUCUGCAUUGUGUUCGCACGGAUAUCUAUGCGAGUGAAUGUUUGAAGCUAGAAGAUGUAGACGAGCUCAAAGAAACAAAAUUAAACUGGUUUAAACUUGGGUAUGAAGAAAUGCAGAAGAAUGUCAGUUCACUGCCAGAUGCAUAUCAGCCGAGUGCUGAUCAACUGCUGUUAGUGGACUAUGUAACCUCAAGCUGCGCAAGCGAGCCAUGA